GCGGAAGACAGGCUGCAAGGGAAGCCCUCAAGAAGCCUCGGAGUCUUGGACUCGCUCCAAUGGCCGCCGCGAGCUUCGGGGUACAAGUUGUUGGCAAAGCUGACAUGGAAUAAGCAAAGUAUUCAUCGACGUCAUUUACCGAACACUGUUGCCUUUGUACAGUCAUAAUCCAAUGCGGAUGUAGAGGUUUUGUUCUGGUCAGAUUCACGAACACACCUUCCAAAGGACUCUUUCGGCUUUCGCACUCUGUUGUUCCAGGGACACAUACAUCUAUAGAUGGAUUCUGCUCAUCCGACCGGAGCGACCGGCGGCCCACAGACAGCCGGCGAACUACCUCCAGAGGCCGUUGCGCUGGCAUCAAGAUUCUUUGACGCAGCCAGGUAUGGCCAAAUGGACAUUUUUGAGCAAGCAUUGCCUCGUGGCUUACCGGCAAACUUGACGAAUGAUAAAGGAGAUACUCUGCUGAUGCUUGCAUCUUAUCACGGCCAUGCUCCACUUGUAUCAUUACUAGUCGGACAUGGAGCAGACCCGAACAGGGUGAAUGACCGGGGCCAGUCAAUGCUUGCAGGUGUCGUGUUCAAGAAUGAACCGGAAGUAAUCAAGAUUCUCUUGGAAGCCGGCGCUGACCCAGAGUUGGGCGAGCCAAGUGCGUUGGAUGCUACCAAGGUUUUCAGACAAGAGGAAUACGAAGGAAUGUUCCGGGAACAGAUCGAGAAGUUAAAGACUCCAGCAGUUCGAGCAGUGAAUGGGCAAUAACCCAUUGUUAUCAAUCAUUACUGGUUCUCUGCCCCUCAGGGCUCAGCGGUGGCGGUAGCCGCAGGAACAAGUAUAUAAAGUUCGUAACUCGUGAGUAUGAAAUGAAAAACAUUUUAAAACA